ACGCUGGAAAAUGCUAUUUUCGUUGUAAUGUAAAAUGUAAAAUGUAAUGUAAUUGGUGUUGGUAAAAUUGUUUCAAAACGUGGCAAUUCAUCAUGUUUAAAUACAGAAAAAGAAACAUUUCUGUCGGAGCUUCAUCUCCGAUAGCUGCUAUCCCACUAUUCGCCCAUUGACUUGACAAAUUGUUGGCAAACAAAUAACAACAGUACAAAACCGUAGGAAGUUUGCAUGAAGCAAGUACUAGUGAGGACAGUUACCAGCAUGAUGAAGUUUAUCGACAUCGGAGCAAACUUGACCGAUCCCAUGUACCAGGGAGUGUACAAUGGAUCGUCAAAACACGAACCCGAUCUUUCCCAUGUGCUUCAGCGUAGUUGGGCCGGCGGAUUGGACAAAAUCAUCGUGACGGUAGGAACGCUUUCCGACUGUGAACCAACGUUUGAGAUCCUGAAGAACGAUGAAAGACUGUUCGCCACCGUUGGCUGCCAUCCGACACGGUGCGGAGAGUUCGUGCCCGAUCCGGAAGCGUAUUUUGCAUCCCUCUGCGGGCAGAUAGAGGCACAUCGGGACAAAGUGGUUGCGAUCGGCGAAUGUGGCCUAGAUUACGAACGUUUGCAUUUCUGCGAGAAAGACGUUCAGCGGAAAUACUUCGAAAAGCAGCUAGAAUUGGCGGCAAGGUAUGAGCUGCCGCUAUUUCUUCAUUGUCGUAGUGCGCAUGAGGACUUUGCUGAAAUAUUGGAACGCAAUUUGGACAAACUGCCCAAGCGUGGCGUUGUGCACACGUUCGAUGGUACGCUGGAGGCAGCGCAAGCGCUGAUCGCGAAUGGAUUCUACAUCGGCCUGAACGGUUGCUCGCUGAAGACAGAGGAAAAUCUUAGCGUCGCGGCACAAAUACCGGACGAUCGGAUUAUGGUGGAGACGGACAGUCCGUGGUGCGAGAUACGACCGUCCCAUGCCGGUUCGAAGCACAUAAAGAGCAAAUAUCCUACGGUGAAAAAGAAGGAAAAAUGGGAACCCGGUUCGCUCAUUGCCGGUCGGUGCGAACCCGUCAUGAUAAGCCAAGUACUGGAAGUGCUAGCAGGCAUAAAAGGAAAGCCAACGGUCGAGCUUGCCGAUCAGUACUACCGCAACACACUGCAAAUGUUCUUCCCGAAGGAAGCGGCUGGCUGGUGCGAGCGAUUAAAGCGAUAAUUUGGAUUUUGCACUCCUCCUGUGGUGGCCACAUCAGAGGUAUAAAUUAAAAUAUGAGCGUACACUUCACUUCAAAACCGGAUGAAACAAACGGUUUGAGACAGAGA